AUGGGUGUACGUAAACUUGCUACUAUUCGUACUGCAGGAGAAAUUACUCCUAUUGCAGGUGCAGAAGCUAUUGAAUGUUGCCAUGUUGAUGGUUGGACUUGUGUGAUCAAGAAGGGAGAAUUUAAACAAGGUGAGAGGGGAGUCUAUUUUGAAAUUGAUAGUUUCAUAAAGGAAGAUAAUGAUAGGUAUCCAAUGCUUUCAAAACAAGUUAUUGAUUAUGAAGGUCAAAGAGGUACUCGUCUUCGUACUGCUAGGUUGAGAGGUCAAUUGAGCCAAGGGUUGUUCUUGCCAAUGGAUAGAUUCCCAGAAUUGGCUUCCAAUCAAGUGGGUGAUGAUGUUACAGAAAUUCUAGGAAUUACAAAAUGGGAACCACCAAUUUCCACUAAUCUUUCUGGUGAAAUUUUGGGUGAAUUUCCAACUUUUAUUAGUAAGACAGAUCAGGAACGUGUACAAAACUUAAUUCCACAAAUUGAAGAAAAUAAGGGUCAAAAAUUUGAAGUGACUGUGAAAUUGGAUGGCUCAUCAAUGACUGUAUAUAGGAAAGAUGACCAUAUUGGUGUAUGUGGAAGAAAUUGGGAAUUGAGAGAAACUGCAACUAAUGCACAAUGGCAUGCUGUUAGGAGAAACAAAAUGAUUGAAGGAUUACAAUUUUUAAAUAGAAAUUUGGCCCUACAAGGUGAAAUUAUUGGAGAAUCAAUUCAAGGAAAUUUGGAAAAAUUGAAAGGUCAAGAUUUUUACUUGUUUGAUAUUUAUGAUAUUGAUAAGGCUCAGUAUUUGACACCAAUUGAACGACAAUCAUUGGUGAAGCAAUUGAAUGAUAACGGAUUCACUGUCAAACAUGUCCCAAUUUUGGAUGAUUUGGAAUUGAAUCAUACAGCAGAGCAGAUUUUGGCAAUGGCUGAUGGGCCAUCUUUGAACAAGAAUGUCAAAAGAGAAGGUUUAGUAUUCAAGAGAUUGGACGGUAAAUUUAGUUUCAAAGCAAUUUCCAAUGCCUAUCUUGAAAAGCAUAAAGAUCGAUAAAUUAACAUG